AUGAAAUUAACAGCUCCGGGUCGUCCACAAGCAGAUGGUCAGUCGGAAAGAACAAAUGGAACAAUUAAAGAGACCCUAUCCAAAGCAACGGCAAAAAGGGAUAGAUGGGAUGAAGAAAAAGAAUUAGAAAUAGAAGAAAAUAGUUUAGUUUUGGUCAAGAGAUGCGUUUUAAAUACAAUUAAGAAUAUAGUAGCACAGGAUCAAUUCAAAUUAUUACCGAAAUAUUCAGGUCCAUUUAAAGUUAUAAAGAGGAAAGAAAAUACAAACAAUUAUAAACCAUUAGUAGAUGAAAUUGAAAAGAUCAUUAAAAGAAGAAUCCGUAAAUAUGGCAAAGGUGAAAGAAUAGAAUAUUUAAUCAGAUAUAAAAAUUCAAAUGAAGAUAAUGAUACAUGGGUACCAAAUUUUUAUUUAGAAGAUGAAUGUGAAGAUAUGGUUAAUAGUUUUGAAGCCGAUUACAGAUGUUGGUCAAUCAAUUCAAGUUUAAAAAAGAAAAAAAAUAAAAAAGUUAUUAGGUUAUGGUAUUUUAGUUCAAACCAGUAA